AUGAAAGCGGUUGUUUACCAUGGUCCUCACCGUCUUGCCAUUGAAGAACGUCCAAAACCUUCGAUUGAAGAGCCCACAGAUGCCAUUGUGAAGGUGACCUAUACCACCAUUUGCGGCACAGAUCUCCACCUCCUCCAAAAUGACAUCCCAUGCAAACCAGGCUGUAUCCUAGGCCACGAGGGCGUCGGGGUUGUCGACUCGGUCGGUCCAAGCGUGACCAACCUCCAAGUCGGUCAAACUGUCCUGAUCUCCUGUAUCACCUCUUGCGGCCACUGUCGGUUUUGUCGGAGGGGGAUGUCCUCCCAAUGCACGUCUGGGGGGUGGAUUUUGGGCAACCAGAUCGAUGGUACGCAGACAGAAUACGUCCGGAUUCCGCAUGCCGCUUUCUCUCUCCACCAGCUUCCCCAGGGAAUCGAUCCCAAGGCAUACGUGAUGUUGUCGGAUGUGUUUCCUACUGCAUUUGAAUGCGGUAUAAUUAACGGCGACAUCACACCGGGCGCACGAGUCGCCAUUCUCGGCGCAGGACCCAUUGCGCUGACGGCACUGAUGAUCCUAAAACGAGGCUAUGGGCUGCCUCGACAGGUUGUCAUCAUUAGUAGGGGCGAGUAUCGACUGGAGCGGGCGAGAGAACUGGGCGCCGAUCAUGCCCUCACCACCCUGGACGGUCGAGAAAAGGCCCUCGAGGCCUGUCGGAGGUUGACGGAUGGAGAGCUGUUCGACGUAGUGAUCGAAGCCGCUGGAGCCAAGGAAACAUUCGAUCUCUCGCAGUAUCUGGUCGCACCGGGUGGCACUAUUGCGUCGCUUGGAGUGCAUGGCAGCAGUUGUGCCUUCCAUCUGGAGCACUUGUGGCAUCGCAAUAUUUGCUUACGGACCAGCCUUGUGGACACAAGGACCACGCCCGAGUUACUGAAGAUGGUCCAGGCUGGAAUACUAACUCCGGACGCAUUCCUCUCCCACACAUUUGCACUCGACGAAAUUGAGCAAGCAUAUGAGGUAUUUCGGGCGGCUUCGACACACCGCAGUAUGAAGGUUCUACUGACAUUGGGCCACGCUUGA